UGGGCAAUCAGCCAGAUUGUAACAUAAUUGUAAUAUUUGUCCUUAUCCAAGUCAUUGUUGUUCAAUGUUUUUGUUUCUCUCCCUAAUCCAACAACACUCAUCACAAUUCUCAUUCAUCGAUUGAGUUUCCUUUGUUUUUCAAUGGCUAUGCAUAAGAUUUUGCAAAGGGGUCGAUUCUCGAACCGUCCUCCGCAACUGAUUAUUGGUUCUGCUGCUUCUCACACAUUUCCUGCUUCUGGGGCUGAAUCUCUUCAUGUUCGGGAAAUUUCAAACAAAGAAGUUUGGAAUGCAUUUGACAAGUAUGAUAUAAAAGGUUUGUCUAAAUGCCUGAACUGGAUUUCAAGGCUAAAUGGCAAUAAUCAUGCUGCCUCCUAUGUUGUAAAUCGUCAUUUUACAUCUGAUCGCAAUGAUAGAUACACACAGGAGUUCUCAAGUAAGCUUCUCAAACAUAUUCCAGACUAUGUAAAGAUAGUGGAGGUUGGUCCAAGGGAUGGAUUGCAAAAUGAGAAGGCUAUUAUUCCUACUGAUGUAAAAGUUGGGUUGAUAAAACUGCUGGUUUCUUCUGGGUUGCUUGUGGUUGAGGCAACUAGUUUUGUCUCACCAAAAUGGGUACCACAGUUGGCAGAUGCAACUGAUGUAUUGGCAGCAAUUCAAAAUGUUGAAGGUGCUAGGUUUCCUGUCUUGACUCCAAACCUCAAAGGUUUUGAGGCAGCUGUUGCUGCUGGAGCUAAAGAAGUGGCUGUUUUUCCUGCAGCUUCUGAAUCAUUCUCAAAAGCAAAUCUUAAUAGUGGCAUUGAGGAUAAUCUUGCUCGUUGCCGUGAUAUUGCUUCAGCUGCUAGAUCCCUCUCGAUCCCAGUCCGCGGAUAUAUAUCAUGUGUUGUGGGAUGUCCUCUGGAAGGAAGUAUUGCUCCAGCGAAAGUAGCAUAUGUGGCAAAAUCACUUCAUGAGAUGGGUUGCUCAGAGAUUUCACUGGGGGAUACAAUUGGUGUUGGCACACCUGGUACUGUCAUUCCGAUGCUCGAAGCUGUUCUGGGUGUUGUUCCAGAUGACAUGCUUGCUGUCCACUUUCAUGAUACUUACGGUCAGGCGCUUUCAAAUAUUUUAAUUUCACUUCAGAUGGGGAUCAGCACAGUGGAUUCAUCCGUGUCUGGUCUUGGGGGUUGUCCAUAUGCCAAGGGUGCAACUGGGAAUGUUGCCACUGAGGAUGUGGUUUACAUGCUGAAUGGACUUGGAGUGAAAACCAAUGUUGACCUUGGAAAGCUUAUGUUGGCUGGGGAUUUCAUCUGCAAGCAUUUAGGACGUGUAUCUGGUUCAAAAGCAGCAACUGCCUUGAGUAAAGUUACAACUCAUGCCUCCAAACUAUGACUUACUAAAGCUAGAAGUAAUGCACCUGCAUCAUAGCUACAUUGUUUGCCCACUGUUGAGUAUGUAUUUAUGUUGGUGUUCCCUGUCCCGUGGGCCCUGCCUAAAGAAAGAGAGAGCCAGCAAACACAAAUGUAAUGCUGGUCAGUUCUUCUUGUGUUGAGUCAGUUGAGUGACUUUGAUUAUUGAGAGACAUCACAUGUACUUGGGAACCAAAAUUAUAUAAAUGCAUACCAUGUCCAAUUUCAACACUUGUCUUUGACACAUUAACAAAGUAGUUGAAGAAAUCA